AUGAGCUCGGCCGACGAGUUCAUCGACGUCGAUCUAUCUGAUCCAUCGAGCUCAGAUGAUUCCGACCUCGAUGAGCUGCUCCACGACGAUGACGUGGAGGCCACCAUCAUCCUUCUCUCCAUCAGGGAGCUGGAGCACCACGUGCAGCUGCUGAAUCGGAGGCGCGGCUCGGUGAUUGGCCGAAACCACAUCCAACGGAAUCGCCUCCUUGGCCACGAGCAACUGACGGAGGACUACUUCGCCAAGGAGGUGAGAUGGGGCCACAUCAGCAUGGUGGAAGCCGAGCGUCGCCUCCUGGCGCACGCCCUCCUGGACCACUCCAACGCCCGCUUCCUCCUGCUCUCGGAGUCGCACGUCCCGCUCUUCGACUUCCCCACGGUCUACUCCUACCUCGUCAACUCCACCAAGGUAUUCGUGGAGUCCUACGACGAGCUCGGCGGGACCGGCCGCGGGCGGUACAAGCGCGGCAUGGCCCCCGCCGUGGCCGCCUGGCAGUGGCGCAAGGGCUCGCAGUGGUUCGAGCUGGACCGCGCCCUCGCCGCCGCCGUCGUCGCCGACGCCGUCUACUUCCCGGUGUUCAGGAGGCACUGCACGCGCAACUGCUACGCCGACGAGCACUACCUGCCGACGUUCCUCCACAUCCGCCACCGGGGGGCCGCAGCCAAGCGGAGCGUCACGUGGGUCGACUGGUCACACGGCGGGCCGCACCCGUCGCGGUUCACCAGGAUGGAGGUCACGGUGGACUUCCUGCGAUGGCUCCGAGGCGGGACGACCUGCGAAUACAACGGGAGGACCACCACCGUCUGCUUCCUCUUCGCCAGGAAGUUCCUGCCCAACUCGCUCACCCGCUUCCUCAGAUUCGCGCCAAAGCUCAUGGGCUUCGGCUGAAUUGGAGGACCUAUACAUAUGACCGCCCAAUUUUCUUUGCUUUAGGGUACAAUACAAAGAUACAUACAUCGUCACACGAUUCUUUGGUUCAUGUUCACCGGCUCCUUUUUUCUUCAUAGAUUUCCUUCUGUAAUGACCAAUAUAUGUACUCUAGCAAAUGCAAGAGCAUAAGAAAGAGAAGAAGAAUUUGUUAAUCAA